AGUUUGCGCAUGCGCAAUCCCGAUCCCGUUUACGGAAGCACCUGCGUUGUCACUGUGUUGCAGUUAGAAGGAAUGUGAUGUAAAUGGACCCCACGCCACAACGCUUGAAGGGACAGCAUGCUCAGCUAUGUGUUUGUCGCGUUUUUAUCGCUGGCAGUGUUGUUCCUCUCUCGCGAGUGGUCCGUUAUAUUUGGAAAUGAAUCAACCCCGGGGCCCCCCGCGCGACUACUGAGCGGCCCUGAACUAUCACUGUACGACGGGCAGGAAGGCAGCAAGGGCCUUUACCUGGCUGUACUGGGGCAAGUGUUUGAUGUACACAAGGGAUACAAGCACUAUGGACCUGGUGGUGCUUAUCACUUUAUGGCAGGCAGAGAUGCCUCAUUGGCCUUCGUCACUGGGGACUUCACAGAGAGUGGCCUGACAGAUGAUGUGUCCAGUCUGUCCCCACUGCAGGUGAUGGCCCUUUAUGACUGGCUGGCCUUCUAUCAGAGGGGCUACCAGACUGUAGGUCUGCUAAUAGGCCGGUUCUAUAGUGAGACUGGGAAGCCCACAGAGGCCCUGUUGCAGGUGGAAGCAUCACUAGUUAAGGGCCAGCAAAUUAAGGCCCAGUCUGAGGCUGAAAUGUUACACUUCCCAGCCUGCAACUCACAUUGGAGCGCUGCUGGCGGAGGAAGAGUCUGGUGCUCCACUAAGAGUGGUGGAGUGGAAAGAGACUGGACAGGUGUCCCAAGGAAACUCUUCUCUCCAGGCUCCAGCAGUGUUCGCUGUGUCUGUGUAGAAGACCCAUCUGCAGCAGAGGAAGACCCCAACUUGCAGAAAUAUGACGGCUGUCCUCCACAUGCUGACUCAUGCUCUGUUGAAGAGCACUAGUCUCUGGGCCAGCCUAGAAUAUGGACCUAUUCAUGGCCACACGAAACUCAGGAAACAGACUUUUGCCAGUAUAUCACAGUGAUGAACUUGUGCAAAAUAAAGAGGAAGAAUGAAGGAAACUCAA